UGAAAGCAGGAGGAGGAGGAGGAGAGAGAGGAGCGGACACGGAGGGAUGUAAAGAUGGCAGAGCUGCAAAUGUUACUGGAGGAGGAAAUCCCGGCUGGGAAGAGAGCCCUGCUGGAGAGCUACCAGAACCUGUCGAGGGUUGCGGAAUACUGCGAGAACAAUUAUGUGCAGGCCCAGGAUAAGAAGAAAGCCCUGGAGGAAACCAAAGCCUACACCACCCAGUCUCUGGCCAGCGUGGCCUACCAGAUCAAUGCCUUAGCCAACAACGUGCUGCAGCUGCUGGACAUUCAGGCUUCACAGCUGCGCCGGAUGGAGUCCUCCAUCAACCACAUCUCCCAGACUGUGGACAUCCACAAGGAGAAAGUCGCAAGACGAGAGAUUGGGAUUCUCACCACCAACAAGAACACGUCCCGAACCCACAAGAUCAUCGCCCCCGGAAAUAUGGAGCGGCCAGUUCGCUACAUCAGAAAGCCCAUCGACUACACCCUGCUGGACGACGUGGGCCACGGUGUUAAAUGGCUAAAGGCUAAGCAAGGGAACAGCCAACCUGCCAGAGCUAGUGGAGGAACUUUAUCAAGGACCAAUCCACCAACACAGAAACCACCAAGCCCACCCAUGGCAGGGCGGGGCACACUGGGACGAAACACACCCUACAAGACUCUGGAACCCGUCAAGCCUCCAGUGGUGCCAAACGACUACAUGACCAGUCCAGCUCGGCUGGGCGGUCAGAACAGCCCGGGGCGCACAGCCUCCCUCAACCAGAGACCCAGAACACACAGUGGAAGCAGUGGGGGCAGCGGUGGUCGAGAGAACAGCGGGAACAGCAUGGGCAUCCCUCUGGCCGUUCCAACACCCUCCCCUCCCAGUAUGGCACCAGUGGUUCCUCCAGGUCCAGGUCUAGGCCCAGUUCCGAUGUCCCAGUUCGGCACCAUCUCUCGGCAGAUCUCCAGGCACAACUCCUCCACCACCUCCUCCUCUGCCUCCAUGGUGUCGGCCACGGGCACAUACCGCCGAGCCCCCUCCAGCUCCUCCCAGUUCUCUGUGCCCCAGCCGCACCUCAACGGGGGUCCCACAUUCCCCCAGAACACAGCGCCUGUGCCCCAGCCGCCUCCUCCCAUGGUGCAGCUAACACCCCAGAUUCCUCUAACUGGCUUUGUGGCCAGAGUUCAGGAGAACAUAUCAGACAGCCCCUCCCCUCCGCCGCCACCGCUGCCUGAGGACACGCCCCUGUUUGAGGAUCCAGCUCCGCCCCCUCCCCCUCCUCCUGUGGACUACGAGGAAGAGGACGGUGCUAUGGUCCAUUAUAAUGACCCUUACGCUGACGGGGACCCUCACUGGGCCCCCAAGUCCUACAUAGAGAAGGUGGUGGCAAUCUACGACUACACCAAGGACAAGGACGACGAGCUUUCGUUCAUGGAGGGCGCCAUCAUCUACAUCAUUAAGAAGAACGACGAUGGCUGGUUCGAAGGCGUGUGCAACGGCGUGACCGGUCUAUUCCCCGGCAAUUACGUGGAAUCCAUCAUGCACUACGCCGACUAGCGCUGACCGCUAACCAUCGCAAACAAACAUUUCAAGUGCAUUAGGAUAUGACCGAAUGUUUGUUUACUUUGUCUAAGCACCGACGUAUUUAAGUAUUUGCUAUGCGCAACAAGUCGAGGAACUGAUUGAACACAAAGGCGAAUGCGGAAAGAGCAGCAGCGGAACGUCUUCGCUUCUUUCUAGCUAGGUCUUUUUUUUUGUUCUAUAUUUUGUACAUACGGUACUGUACGAAGCUGCCUGUAGAUCGUUAACUAGUGUGUGUGUGUGUGUGUGUUUUCAUGUGUGUUUCGUCAGUGUAGCGAGGCCAGUCUUUGCAGUAUGCCAACUUGUCGGCUAGGGCUUGUUUUUAUUCGGAACCGCUCGUUGUAAUUUUUUCCGUAAUUUACUGCCAAACUCUUCCCUUGUGUCGGGGAAGACGUGUUUUGAAUGUUGUUUCUAAAACGUGAAUCACGCCUGGCUGAAGAUUAGGCGAAAAAAAAAACUGGAAAAACGAUCAUUGUGAUUUUUGUUUUUUUCCAUUUUGCCUUCAGUGAUUGCCUACACUGUAAUUGACAUGUUCCACCUUCGUUGCUCUGGCUCGACCAGGGCGGAGGAAGGGUGCAGUAUUACUUGGAGUUUACUCUUCAGAUUGUCUUGUUUAUGUAGCCUGAGGGAAGAAUUUGGUGAAAAAAAAUCAAAUAUACAGUUUUCCACUUUCCCAAAAAAAUGAAGUUGAUCAGGUUUUGUGGUCUAGAUUUAGCUUGUUUAGCUUAGCGCUGGAGCUAACAAGCAUUGGAAAUUAAUAGUCACCCACAUCUUUAAUGUGAAAAAUCUGUCUCCCCAUUGAAAAUACAUUAUACAGCUUAUUAAUUAAUGUGUUGCAGUUAUGUUAGCGUUUAUAGUUCACAGUAGUUCAUACUGUAACCUAAACUACACUGACGGGUUUGCACCACCUUUACCCUCUCAGACCUGAACUAUCGCUGUCUCUAAUAUACUACUAUACAAUUUCAAUUGCAUUGGAAGCCUGUGUUAUAUUCUAUAUCAUUUUAUAUCAUAAACCACCCCUAAACAGUAAAAAAAAUACAUGGUUAAUCACGUUAAAUUAGUCAACCAAAAAAUUGGUUGGUCUGGCACAGCGGAUAACAACACCCCCUGUCAGUGAGCUACCACAUCAUUUGGAAGACUGGGGUUCAAUUCCUGCUCUGGGUGAUUGAAAGCUUUGUUACACCAAUAAAAGUCCUUGGGCAAGACUCCUAACACUACUCUACUCUGGAUAAAAGUGUCAGAUAAAUGCCAUAAAUGUAAAUAAAUGAACUAAAGAGACUUUAAUUUGGACACCAAACAUUUAUUGCUGGUCAACUACAUUUAGUGCGAGUGGUGAACUGUCUACACUUGAUUUAUUUGCUGAACUGUUCUUUUCAGGCUGUGUUUAUCAGACAGUAACACUGUUAAAUGAGAGAAUGCUGUGUUCCUCAUGGUUCCAGUUGGAGCCAUUUUCUUACUCAACUACUGAGAAAUGAUCAUCGGCUGAACAGCUGGCCUCUAGGCCUGGGCGACAGGAUGAUGGAAUUGACAAGUAGUCAGAUGGAGAUGAUUCAGAGGCGAUAAUGACAGUUUUGAGAAACAGAACUGACGGAGAACAAGUGAAUUUAGAGUGAUUUUACUCUCCGCAGUUUGAUAAAUGACAAACUCCCACAAAUGAACUUGUGUACAGUAGGAUUUAUUGUUGCAUUGUGGGUUUCUCUGUCAGGGGACGCAAUUGUCAUGCAACAAGUGAAAAACAAGCAAUUGAGGUGAAGUUAGCAGGACCUCAGUAUGUUUUUGAUGUCGCCCAGGGCUACUGUCCACAAAUGUGAAAUCUCAUCACUUAAUCACUUCCAUUUCACAUCACAUAUUGAUUUCAUCACAUGUUGUUUUUCAUGUUGACUGAUUUUGCUCAUUUUAAGUCACUUUAAUUUAUACUUUGUGUCCAAAAGUAUCCAGACACUUGCUCCUCUCUAACACUGCUUUAAAAAAACAGGUGGGAUUUGAGUCUAUUUGGCCGCGAGAUCAAUCAUUUAAUGCCUAAUAUUGUUAAAAGGUCUGUUCUGAGUAAUUUUUGUUUAUUUGAGCUCAAGCUAACACUCGUUGUUUUAAGAAACCAUCAGGCAAGCAGAAGCACAGUUUAGCUACUGUAUUUAUCGGACUAUAAGGUGCAGUGGAUUAUAAGGCACACUAAGGCUGGGUGCAGCAGCAUUAGCAAUAGCUAACAGCGCUACAUUGAGGAACCCUGAGUGUUCCAGUAAGUCAGGGUGAUAUCAGCUAGCCGUUUAUCCCACGUAGGUUGUUUUAACACAUUAAACAUGCAGACUACAGUCCGAUAUACCCACCUCUAAACAGCGAAGAAGCGCUGAAGAAGAGCUAGCACUCGUUAGCUGCCCGGUUAGCAGGUAAUGCUAGUACUGCUUCAGCCUUAGAGCUGGAGAAACUUGACUGAAACUCCUUACUGGUGGAAUUUAUACAUAUGGAUUACAAGGCGAAUUGAUGAUUUUGGUGAAAAUUAAAGGAUGAUUUUAAGUGUGCCUUAUAGUGCGAAAAAUACUUCAGCAAUUUAUGCUAAUUCUAGACUGCCUCUCCACUCAUACAGUAACUAAGCACUGAUAUAUGACUACUGAGUACAGAAGAAUGUAAACGUGGAUGAUUUUCUGAUAUUAUAUUCAGAGUAGCGUAAGCUUAGCGAUGUAGCUGACAGGAAUGCUAUGCCUGUGUAAUUUCCUAUGUCCGAACCUGCUGAUUGGAUGGGGUGUCUGGACACUUUUGAACAUAUACUGGUCACUUUAAAGCAGUUCAGAAUGCGCACUGAUCACUGUAUAGAAACAGUAUUGAUUUCUGAUCACUGUACUGAAGCAGAGGCAGCAGCCCAGGCACCGCUCUGUGUCUCAGGUGCUGUUUGAAGGCUGAUUAGCUGUGUGAAGGUUUUUAUUUAGGUUUAUUUAUUUAUUCAAGUGAAACAUGUGAGAAUGUAUCUCACUGAGAACUGUCCGAACCAUGACCAGUCAAUGUCAGUCAUUGCAAGGCCUUGUCUUUAGACGUGCAGAUGAUGCGCAGUCUAAAUGUCCUUCCCCAAGGUGCUCAGCAAUGAAUUUAUCUCUCAUCAUCUUGUAUAUAAUCUGUUUUCUCAAUUUCUGUACAGUCUUUUUUAUAAUAAAGCACUGUCCUGUA